UCCCAACCUCCCCCCUGGUCCCCUACCUCCUCUACCAUCACCUUCCUUUUCAAAAAGAGGGUGAAGGGGGAAGCAGAGUGCACAAGGGGCCAGACUGAGGAGGCAGAGAAGAUGGGACUCCUCAGUGUAGACUUGCUGAUUACACUGCAGAUUCUGCCAGUCUUUUUCUCCAACUGCCUCUUCCUGGCGCUCUAUGACUCGGUCAUUCUGCUCAAGCACGUGGCGCUGCUGCUCAGCCGCUCCAAGUCCACUCGCGGAGAGUGGCGGCGCAUGCUGACCUCAGAGGGACUGCGGUGUGUCUGGAAGAGCUUCCUCCUAGAUGCCUACAAACAGGUUAAAUUGGGUGAAGAUGCCCCCAAUUCCAGUGUGGUGCAUGUGUCCAGUCCUGAAGCAGGUAACAAUUAUGCCCUGGAGAAGACAGGUGAUGGGACGGAAUGCCACCUCCUUGACUUUGCCAAUGCAGAGCGCCCACUGGUGGUCAACUUUGGUUCAGCCACCUGACCACCUUUCACUAGGCAACUGCCAGCCUUCCGCAAGUUGGUGGAAGAGUUCUCAUCUGUGGCUGACUUCCUGUUGGUAUACAUUGAUGAGGCGCAUCCUUCAGAUGGCUGGGCAGUGCCUGGGGACUCCUCUCUGUCUUUUGAGGUGAAAAAACACCGGAACCAAGAGGACCGAUGCGCAGCAGCCCAACAGCUCCUGGAGCGUUUCUCCUUACCGCCCCAGUGUCAAGUUGUGGCUGACCGCAUGGACAAUAAUGCCAACGUAGCUUAUGGGGUAGCCUUUGAACGUGUGUGCAUCGUGCAGAGACAGAAAAUUGCUUAUUUAGGGGGGAAGGGCCCCUUCAGCUACAACCUCCAAGAAGUCCGGAAUUGGCUGGAGAAGAAUUUCAGCAAGAUGAAUUCUAGAUUAGCUGGUUAAAGGUGUGAUUGCAAUAGUGUUUAUUAUUUUUAAAAAUAUGUAAAAGAAGUUGAGAACUGAACUGAAUCUACUAUUUCAACGGAAUCCCAUUGCCUCACUGAAAGACAGGGAUAUACUUGUCAGAAAACAUAAACCUCUGAACAUUUCAAUAUGUCCUUUAGUACACAAAUGGCAUCGGGCUAAAUAGCAGUCCUGUUACCUCCCUUCUGAGUGAACAGAUCCAAGUUGGAGUGGAAGAAAUCCCGAUGCACUGUGUAUUCAUCCUUGCUUGCAAAAGAAGUGAUUCUGCUGUAUGUGCGCUUUGGGACCAGAGAACAAGUGUUCCCUGAAUACUUAGUGUUAAGGGAGCUACUACCUAUGAUCUGAUUAAGUGUAUAGUCUCAGCUUUAGUCAUCAGGAACAAACCCAACUGGAAAGUCCCCCAAAUACUUAUAAUGUGAUCUUGAAGCCAUGCUGUGCGCUUAGGACUGAGAUGUUCGUUCUAGCCAUGCAAUGCCUUCUGCUAGUCUGGGUAGCUAAGAAUUCCCAAGCAUAGAUGUAGGUACCAAGAAUGGGUUCCAACCUGGAGGGUUAAGAUGACAUUGGAAAUCUGGCAGAUGGAGAAAGCACUAGGUCAGAGAAAAUGAACUUGACAAACAAGGAAAGGGAGCAUGAAGAAGAGGAAAUUGCAUAGUGUUUUACCUGAAAGCUGUAGGAAAUGAGAGUGUCAUUCUACCACACCAGCAUGGAAGUAUGUACACAGCUGGGAAAAGAAAGGAGUUGACUGAAGAUAGCACAGGGAGGGUACACGUGGAACCAUGAUGUGUAGCAAUAUACCUAGACUGAGAGGAAAGGGGAGAUGGAGAAGUUUAAAAAAAAUGGGAAAAUGUUUUUAACGUGGAGAUAAUUACUGUAUAGAACUGUAUGUGAUAUACCCAUUUCAGUGAGUGAUACUCUAUAAGGGAAAAUCCAGGGAGUCUGGUGCUACUGGGUCGUUCCUGCCAAAUUCCUACAGUUACAAUGUUACACUCCCCUCCAUUCUUAAUCUCUGAAGCAUUGUUUUCUCUGGAUGCUGAGGGAAGGGUGUAGGAGCCAGGAGCCCUAGCCACCCAGCUCUCGCCCUCUCCUGAAGUAGGUGAACUCUAAUGAUAAUGGAUUUCUUUACUUAAACAUGAGAGCAAUUUACUCUGAUGAUUUCCACCCAUAGUUUUGAAGGCUUAGACACAGAUUAUCCUUAAUGUCAUGGGGAUUUGGUAAAAUGGAAUUUCCAUUGACAUUUGAAUUUGGACUUCGGUUUUCAGUUUUCCUUUAACUGGGGUUAACCCAUUAGUUGAAGUUUAGUAACUAUGUGCAUAACUAUGAAAUAUCUGUGGAUACAUUUCUCUUAAAAUUAAAAAAAAAAAAAACAA